AUGUGUGAUAAAAUAUUUAUCCUCACCGAGUAUCCAUGGAUUGGCCGGCUCCAGAUACCCCGUAAUCAAGUGAUUGUCAUUUGUUGGGAAACUCACACGUCGGGGAAGCUUUUUCUUGCUCAAUGCCAGGGAGCUACGCAAUUUCCUUCCGUCGAUCAAGAUAUAAGGCGACAGCGGGACAUUGCCCAUACCAAAUCGUGACCUUCUCGUAGUGUGUGAUAUCAUUCUCGGAGGGAGUUCCUCAGGAUCGACCUCAUCUUUCAAGGUCGUCAGCGAAUUCUCGCAAAUCUGCGAAACCGAAUUCGCUUCCUCGCUCAUAUUCAACAAAUUUCUAACAUAUUUCUCGAAACGGGAUUUAUUUCACAUAAACACGCACACACAUCCACAUGCACACCGCACAAUAUGCGUUAACGCGGCUAUUUUGUUAAAUUAACGUCGAUAUCGAAGCAAACAUUAGCUACUCGUAUGUUACAUCCGCCAUCUUUACUACCGUCAGACAGGUUAGACAAUUGCGAAAUUUCAUUCAACUAGGAAAAUACAAAUUGUAAUUGUAAUUGCAAUUAUAAUUAUUGUUAAACAUUCGCGUGUUAUCAAGAUUAAUUGUUUCUUUUGUUAGUCAGUAUGAUGAACGUGUUAUUUUCAAUUUAAUAAUUUUUUAGAUUGGUAGGACUGUAUAAUAAAUAUUGAAAUUUAUUUUUCUGUACAAACAUAAAUUCAAAUAAAUGUACAAAAAAUACUAAAUUUUUUAAUAAAAGUAUAUAUUUAGUUUGUACUAAUUUGAUCAAAUUUUAAUAUCCAAUAAUUUUCUAUUCUUACUUUAUUUUUUUUUACUUAUCUCAAUUUAGAACUUUCAGCAUUAUUUCAUUCUGCGUAGUAUGUUUUUAAGGCUGUUUCUAUAAAAUAUUAGAUUCACGUUUUUCUUUAAAUUUGUAAUUAACUACUAUAAUACGAUCUACCAAAUGAAAAUAAAGCAAGCUAAGUGCAUGAUUCAUAAUCGUAAAAUUCAUAAAAUAUUUAUCAUAUAGAUAAUAAUAUAUAUUACUAGAAACUAGAAACCUAAAUAAGAUUUUUGUAAGUAUCCACCAUAUCGAAUUAAAUUUUUUCACAUACCCAAUUUGAAUUUUAAACCAACUACAUAACUGAUAAAAUUCUUUCUUACGUAUUACAAUAUUAGAAAUUUGUAAAAUUUUAUCUAAUACACGUAACUAUUGAAUAUUGAGAUUCAUUAUUAAAUAUAAUUGAAAAACAGCGAUAUUCUUAGUCAAUGGCUUGAAAUAUUUUUGUUUGUUGAAAUUUAAUUAUAUAUAAAACAAUUGAACUUAAUGUUGACUUAAAUUUACUUGUCUAUUUUAAUAUAUUUCAUUAUAUAUAUAUAUAUAUAUAUAUUUAAUAUAACAGUAAUAUAUAUUUCAAUAUAUUAUCAAGCUAUUAAUAACAAAAAAUAAAUCAUUGUCAUAUUUACAUAUUUUAGGGGAUUUUAUUUUCUCACAAUUGAUGUGUCUAAUAUCUUGAAAAUCUUCAUUUAAUUGUUUUUGUAAGAUAAUAUCAUAUUUCUAAUAUCAAAUUUACUUAAAAUACAUCCUUAUAAAAAGCGGUUUACCUGUAAUUUAUAAUUUAUCAAAAUUGUACUUUUCAUCUUAAAUGGUAUUGAGAUAUACCUGUUUCUAUCGCAUAAAAAGUUUGACAGAAACGCAAGACUCUUUGUAUUUCAUAUGAUUAAAUCAAAAUUACAACAGUAAGAACUUUCAUUUACUUACUUAAAACUUAAAGUGCUGAAUAUUCUGUGAUGCUGUAUAAUAUUUACAUAUUAAAAAUAUUUAUUCGUUUAAAUGUUAAAUAAAAGCUGUUCAUUCUUUUUUCUCGCAUUGCAACACGAUAUUACACUACAAUUUAUGUAACAUAACCUAUAAAUUUCUUGGAAUUUUCUUAUUACUUUUAGGUAGAAAUGGAGACUGUUCUGCAACAGAAGAUAAUAGAAGCAACGCAUUGCGUUGAAAAACAAUUAGAUGCCGAGUUAGAAAAAUUGGACAAUUUGGAUAUUAGUGAUUUUGAGAAGUUGCGUGAACAACGUCUUAAAAAGUUAAAAUUGCUUCAACAACAGAAACAAAACUGGUUGGCAUUGGGCCAUGGAGAAUAUUCAGAAUUACAUGAUGAAAAAGAAUUUUUUGAGGUAUCGAAAAAAUCCGAGAACAUUGUCUGUUUAUUUUAUAAAGAUGAUUCUCCAAGAUGCAAAAUAGUAGAUCAUCAUCUAAAAAUUCUUGCAAAGAAACAUAUAGAAGCAAAGUUUUGUAAGCUGAAUGUAAUGCAAUGUCCAUUUUUAACUGCACGUCUAAGGAUUAAAAUUAUUCCUACAAUUGCUCUUAUUGUUAACGGCAAAACUAAAGAUUACAUUGUGGGAUUUACUGAUUUAGGAAAUCGUGAUGAUUUCUUAACUGAGACAUUGGAAUACAGAAUUUCACUUUCUGGUGCGAUAACAUUUGAAGAAAACUUGUCAUCGGAAAACACUAAAAAAACAUGGUUGUCGCAAGUCUCAAAACCUAAAACCAUUAAAGGACCUAAUAAUUCAACUUUUGAUGAUUCAGAUGAAGAUUGAACAAAGUUUUAAUUACAUAUGUAUUAUUUGGAUUUUCAAUAAUUCAUUAUUCAUUAUUUAUAAGCUUUCACAUAUAAAAAUUUACAAUUAUUGAAGACAAUUCUAACAUAUGAAAUAACUAUAUCAAAUGGAAUAUAUUUAUAUGUUAACUUAUUUACAAUAAUGGAAAUUAAAAUUGUUUAAUAAUAAAAAAAACUUAUAAUAAAUAUUGUUAUAUAUAAUACAAAUUUUUUAUUAUUAAAAAGUAUCUAGAAG